AUGGGUACCCUGCUGCUGGCGGUGUAUUUUAGCUGGUUUCUCCCCUGGGCGCUGGUGCAGAGGAAUUCCGCUUUUGGUGGUCAUAUCGAGGGCUAUGGGAAGCCCGCUCCUAUCAGCUGUGGCGCUAGCUACUGGGCACCAGGUAACGAGUGCGGACUCAAUGGUAGCCUUCUCGUCCUAGAGCCGUACGUGGUAGGAAAUGUGACUGUCAACUACCAGCCUUUGAUCGUUGGUGGUCCUAUGCCUGGCGCCCCGGUUGAUGAUUAUGAGAAUGCGAUCUAUCGAGCAGACAGCAAAGUUUGCCAAGCUGCAAUCCAUGCUGGUGUUAUCAGCGACUCCACAGGAGGUUGUGGCGUCGUUGAGCUGACUGGCGCCGGCCAUUCAUACUUCGCCAGCAAGGCGCAUGGCGUCUCCUCGGUUGGCUUCCCUUCGACUUUUCCGAAAUCAUUUAGAUUCCUACGUCUGCUGGAUUCACAGUCAGACUGCCCCGGAGACUUGCGAUGGCCGCUGUUUGCUAUUACCGCAGCUGCGAUUGUCCUGGUUUCUCUCUUCACGAUCUCCCCCGCUGUAUUUUUCUUCACCACCUUUUUUAUGCUCUUUCUUCAUGUGGGUCUCGUGUCUGAUCCCCCAGACCUACCCAAAGUUGCAGAUCUAUUCUCGCUCCUAUGUUCAAGACUUCUACCUGCAAGCUUCAUUGCAUAUGUGCUCUACAUCUUCUGCGCGCGCCCUCUACUACAACCACUGGCUUCCCCUCCCGUUUACCAGUUCAGUAAAACAAUCCUAUACCUAGGCCCGGCGUUUAUCGGUGCGCUUAACAACUACACUUUUGCUUUAUGGAUACCCAUCCAGCGUCUUACCCCGCACGAUAUCAAAUCCCAGCCAGGUGCCCCCAUCGCCCUGGCCAUCGUGAUCACCAUCAUCAUCUCCAUCGUCCUCGGCCAAGCGUGGCACAUCCGCCAAGGCGGGCUGUUCUUCCACUAUCUAAAAAUCUACCUCUGUAUUGGCGGCGGCCUGAUCUUCCUGCUCGUCCUUCCCCAAUUCCGCCUUCGUAUCCACCACUACAUCCUCGGCAUGCUCCUUAUGCCAGGCACAGCGUUCCCCACCCGGCCCUCGAUCAUCUACCAAGGCCUGCUUCUCGGCUUCUUCGUCAACGGUGUUGCCAGAUGGGGCUUUGCCUCCAUCAUCGAAACGCCAAGCGCACUGGGUGAGCUUCCUGGCCCUGGGGGCAGCCAUGGCUGGUGGGGCGCCACAAGUCCCAACGUCACCAAUUCCUCCGUCCAUAUCUCGCUGCCGUCCGGCGACAAUGUGAACCGAGGUAAUGGCAACAUAACCUUCCGGCUAUGGGAGCCGGAGCGUAUGGAGACGCUGGGCGUUGAUGGCAUUAGUGUGUUGGUGAAUGAUGUGGAGAGGUGGCGUGGGUUCUUGGACGAGGAUGUGAACGGAGUGUUUGUCUGGCAUCGACAGGGGCAUCGGGGGCUAGAUAUGUCGAGACCAGCGCGGCUGGUUGUUGAGAGAGCUGGUGUCGAUGGACAAGAGUAUGAGGAUGACGAUACCUCUCUUAUAUCAGUGCAGGAUCAAGAUGAAGAUCCGGCUGAGGAUCUGUUCUUCCGCUUUGCGUUUUUGAAGGGUUCAAAGGUUGGGCUUUAUGGCGGCGCUGGAAUUUGGAAUAGAGAUGGCAGCUGGAUAAAUCCUCCUCCUCCGAGGACUUGA